UUACUUGAACUUGGACACUUCAUAAAUCUUUAACACGUACUAUGUUCUAAUAAAUUCUUUUAAAUUAAUGCCAAAAAAAAAAUUGGAAAAGAAAUCUAAGACGAAAAAAAUAGACACAAAUCAAAUGUAAUCAGAUGAGAUCACGAUCCCGGCGUUUGUUGCAGUCCAAACGCAUCUGUCGUGUCUGGCGCGCACUCUCUGUUUAUUAUUAGGGUUUUGUUUUAAAUCUCUUUUUUAUUUUACCACCCAAAAUUCCCAUCUCUCUCACCAGUCCAGGCUUAGAAAUGGCACGCUCUCUCUGUUCUGCAAGUGGAAUCUCUAAUUUUUAGGGUUUCGUUUCGGGAAUUUCUCAUUUCCUUCAAUAAUGACCGAAUUGCACUCUCAUGACAAUGCCGCGGUUGCUACUGAUUCCAAGCCGGAGGUUUCUUCGACGGAAGAAUUUAGGGUUAGUGUUUGCUCCGACGCUAACACAUCAUCAUCCACCGUCGAUACCGAUAAGUUUCACGGUUUCGAUAGCAAAUCGCUGUUACCGGAAUUUGACGAGUACGUGGCUGCUGAGAGACACGUGUCGCAGGAUCUAGGGUUUGAGUUCGAGGUCGGUGACAUGGUGUGGGGGAAGGUGAAGUCUCACCCGUGGUGGCCCGGGCACCUAUACAACGAAGCGUUCGCGUCCCCUUCGGUGCGUCGCUCGAAGCAUGAGGGCCACGUGUUGGUGGCAUUCUUCGGCGAUAGCAGCUACGGCUGGUUCGAACCGGAGGAGCUUAUUCCGUUCGACGCGAAUUUCGCGGAGAAAUCGCAGCAGACGAAUUCUAGGACGUUUCUUAGGGCAGUGGAGGAGGCGGUUGAUGAGGCCUGCAGGAGGCGUUGGCUUGGAUUGGCUUGUAGGUGUAGAAACCCUGAAAAUUUUAGUGCCACCGAUGUUGAAGGGUAUUUUUGUGUUGAUGUGGAGGAUUAUGAGCCAGGAGGGUUGUAUUCUGAUGGCCAGAUUCGAAAGGCGAGGGAUAGUUUCAAACCGAGUGAGACUCUUGCUUUCGUGAAGCAAUUGGCGAUUGCUCCGCAUGAUGAUGACCAAGGAAGCAUUGGAUUCAGUAACAAUAAGGCUACCCUUUCCGCUUAUCGGAAGGCCGUGUUUGAGCAGUUUGAUGAGACUUAUGCCCAGGCUUUUGGGGUCCAGCCGAUGCACGCUACUCGUCCUCAGAGUAAUCCACUCGAUCAGCCUGGGAUUGUGAGGCACCCUCCUAGAGCUCCUUUGAGUGGUCCACUGGUGAUUGCUGAAGCUUUGGGUGGUGGGAAGAGCACUACCAAAUCUGUUAAAGUUAAGGAGGCUUUGAAGAAGGAUAGAUACCUUCUUAAGCGGAGAGAUGAUCCUAAUAACUCUGUCCAAUUAGCAUACAAGGAGGACAAAUCUGAUGCAGCGGACCGUUAUGUAUUUCAGAAGAGGGCUCCAGCUGUGCCUGUGGCACCUCAUAAUUUAGAAAAGCAAGCAGACACAGAAUUUUUUAGUCAUGACGGUGCUGCUUCAAUUUCAGAUGCUAAAGAAGAUUUAAUAGGUCAGGUUCAAGCAGAUGACUGUGAUCUUACAUCUCAUGCCAUUUCCUCAGAUGUGAAGCCCCAUCUUGACAAGGGGAAGGAGCCUUCUGAAGAAGUGAUCCAUAGCUUUGAAUGGGAUAAUGCUUCAAGUAAAAGCAUUCUAAGCAUAGAUGAUGAGAUGUCUCAACCAUCACAUCUGGAGAAUCAAGAUUCUGUUGAUGUUAAACAUGACGGGAAUGCAAAAUUAUCGGGACCAUGUGAAGAUUUUAAGCAAAUAGAGCAGGGACUUCUGACUAUUGCUAAUGGAGUAAAUGACAUGCAUCAAGUUAAGAGCGAAAAUAAUGUAUAUGGUUCGCCAGUUGAAGCAAAACAUCACAAAAUUAGUGCAGUGAAGAAGAAAAAAGGUCUUAAGAGACCCGCAGAUGAGUUGAACUCUGAGACUUCUGCUGUUGGGGAGGAAAAGAAGAAAAAGAAAAAGAAUUUAAAUUUACAACCUACUUUAGGCUCUCAGGAUAAACAUUCUACCUUUGGGAAAAUGAUACACCUUUCUGGAAAAUCAACAGAAAAUGCUGUCUCAAGUGGUUUGGCUCCAAGAGAGGAUUUUCCUGCAGAACAAGGGGAGGUGGAUGUUAAUGCCCGUAAUUUGCUGCCCAUGGAUACCACAGGAAAUGCUAAUUUUGAAUUGGUGCAACUUUUGGGAGAUUUACAGGCCCUUGCUUUAAAUCCUUUUCAUGGUAUUGAAAGAAAGAUCCCUUCAGCUGUUCAGAAGUUCUUUCUGCGAUUCAGGUCUCUUGUUUAUCAAAAAAGCUUGUUUGUAUCUCCACCAACUGAGAAUGAAGCUCCUGAUGUUCGUGUCACUAAACCUCCUUCCAGUGUCGGGAUAUCUGACAGUCCUGAUGAGUAUGUCAAAGCUUCACCGGUUGUAAAACCUUUGAAACAUAUUGUUUGGCCUGAUGAUCCUACAAAAGCUGGGCGGAAAAGGGCCCCCUCUGAUAGGCAAGAGGAAAUCGCUGCUAAGAGGUUGAAGAAAAUCAAGGAUAUAAAGGCACUAGCUUCAGAAAAAGCAGUGACCAAUCAGAAAACUUCUGAAGCCUGGCAGGAAGAUGGAAAAGAAUCCAUGUCCCAGGCUCCAUCCAAGUUAGUGAAACUAGAGUCGAACAAGAAAGUGGACUGUCCAGCUAAGGCAGUUGAGCCCACCAUAUUAAUGAUUAAAUUUCCUCCUGAAACAUCACUUCCAUCUAUUGCAGAGCUGAAGGCAAGGUUUGCUCGCUUUGGUCCAAUGGAUCAAUCAGGUUUCCGUGUAUUUUGGAAUUCAUCAACUUGCCGGGUUGUUUUCUUGCACAAGGUUGAUGCACAGGCUGCCUAUAAAUAUUCUGUAGGAAGUCAAUCCUUAUUUGGCAGUGUGGGUGUGAGGUUUUUUCUUCGAGAAUUUGGGGAUUCUGCACCUGAAGUCUCUGAAGCUGCCAAGGCUAGGGCGGAUGAUGGUGCCAACGAAACACCCCGGGUCAAGGAUCCUGCAGGGAUUCACCGCCAGACACUGGUAUCAUCACAGCAACCUCUUCUUCAACCGAUCCAGCUCAAGUCCUGCCUGAAGAAAUCUACAGGUGAUGACUCGGGUCAGGUUACGGGUAAUGGAAGUAGUAGUAAAGGAAACUCUCGUGUAAAAUUCAUGUUGGGUGGGGAAGAAAGUAGUAGGGGAGACCAAUUAACGUCGGGUAGUAGAAACAACUUCAACAAUGCUAGUUUUGCUGAUGCUGGCGCACCUCCUGUUGCAACGGAUUUUAAUAGUAAGAACGUUCAGAAGGUCACUUUACAACCCCCGUUGCCGCCAAUUCUUCCCCUUCCUACCCAGUUUAUAAAAUCCCCACAACAUAAUUUGCGUAAUUCUGAAUUGGCAAUGGCACCCCGAAACAGCCCCAAUUUUAUUAACACCAUUGCAUCAGCAGCUACUGCAACCACAGUUGAUAUAUCACAGCCAAUGAUAAACCUUUUGACCAGGUGCAGCGAUAUUGUGACUAACCUGACGGGUUUAUUAGGCUAUGUGCCUUACCAUCCACUUUGACAAAAAUAACUCGACAAUACUCAUCGAGUUGGAUGAGAAGGCCCGGGGUCAUGUUUGGGCCAAAAAAUAUCCCAGAGUGGGUUUAUGUGACAUUUUUUGGGCUCCAAAAAUGAAAUGCACUCAUAUUUUGUCAGUAGCA